AUGAGUGAAAAAAGAUUUCGUUUUCUUGUAAGAUGUUUACGGUUUGAUGAUAUGCAUGAUCGAGCGGUUCGUAAACAAUUUGACAAAUUAGCUCCUAUUAGAGAUAUUUUUAAAUUGAUGGUUGAUAAUUUUCAAAAAUAUUACUACCCUAGUGAAUAUGUGACCAUAGAUGAGCAGCUAUUAGCUUUUCGAGGAAAAUGUCCAUUUAGGCAAUAUAUUCCGAGUAAACCAGCCAAAUAUGGCAUAAAACCAUUUGCUCUAGUUGAUUCUAGAACUGUUUAUACUUUAAAUUUAGAGACCUAUCUUGGUGUACAACCCGACAGACCAUACAAAAUUAGCAAUGCUUCUCAAGAUGUAGUUUUACGAAUAGUUGAACAUAUUUUUGGAACAAAUAGAAAUAUUACGAUCUACAAUAGAAACAUUCCAAUUGAACAUCGAAGACGUGCUAAAAUUCUGUUAGGAGAAAAGGAUACGACAGCUAUAGAGACAGAAAGAUCAGAUGGAUCCAGAGGUCGAUGUUAUGAUUGUGGACGAGCACGUGAUAAAACUACCAGAAGGUGGUGUUGUAAGUGUUAG